GGCGGCCGCCGGCCGUGGUGGAGCACCAGCUCCUCGUCGCUGCGUGUGGCUUCGUGUCGCCCGAAUCGAACGGAGGUUUACGCGGGGAGACGUGAGUCAGAGCUCCGGUGCAGGAGAGCACUGACACCUGGGGUCGACGGCCGGAUCCUAAACCGGUCGGGGACGAGCAGCGCGUCCACAGGCGCGUUCAGCACACCUAGACGAGGAGGCGUGGCAAAGGGCGUGGUGGGCAGAGUGGCAGGCGGAGUCAAAUUUCAUGGUCAUUAGCUGGAAGGUCUCAUGGAUGAGGGACACUGUCGAAGCGAGGAGGAGGUGAGUCACGGCCCAGGGCGGCUCACGGACCUCCAGAACAAUGUGAACUGUUGGGCCGGCCCGGAUGAAAAUCAGAACCAGUUGACGGAAGAGGGGGAGGAAGGAAUGGACGAGGGGCUGCAGAGUGGCUGGCAGCUGUUGCAGCAGGAUUCUGUGAACAACAAUGAGGAGGAGGAGGAGGAGGAGAAGCAGAUGCACAACAACAACAGGGUUUCCAAUGAAGACACAAGGAGCCAAAUCCAACACUCUCCAGCACACAGCGAGGGAUGCAGCAGAGACACGUGGACCACAGGAGCUGUGUCUGUGAGAUGCUGUUUGGAGUGUCCAGCAACUGGUGCACCCAGCCACCCUGAGCAGGUCCCCACCACUGGCCCUCCAACGGGACCCCACGCUCCUUCAUCCACCCUUUCCCCGGUAGCCUCCCUACAGGAGCUGCUGGAGCACUCAGACCACACUCUGCUGCCCCAGUGCCUCCACCAGAUAGCAGAGGCCUACUUCCUUGAAGAAGAGUAUGAAUGGGCACUCCAGUUCCUUCAGCUGGAGAGACUGUACCAUGAGCGACUGCUCUCCAAUCUCGCUGCCCUUCAGGGACAGUGGGCUGCAGUCAGCGUGCGUGUUACAGUGCACUGGGACCACCACUGGAACCUCUCUCUUUCAGAGUUCCGGUGGAAGGAGAGCAACUCAUCCAAGAGGAACAGCACAGACAACGCCAGUGCUGAGCUGCGGCCGGAGCAGCUGGAGACACUGACCCACAUCUGCAGGACACAUCAGCGAUCUACACUCAGAGGAGAGAAGGGCUUGGUUGUGGACGGAGUGCUGAGGAACAGCCUGUUCUCUGGGAGGCUGAGCAAACACGGAAAACAACACACCACCUCCAUUCCAUGUGGCCCAGACAGCAAUUCUGAGUCAUCACAGAUGAUGGAGCCGCUGGGUCUGGACGAGGGCUCCCCAGCAGAGGACGUCCUGCGCAGCGGGGCCCUAGCAGCACAGCACAAGGACAUUUCGGCACUUGGCCACCAGGGGGCGGAGCUGCACGGCACUCUUCGCCUGGCCACACCCACUUCAGCUGACACAGUCGGCUGUUGUCCGGAGGCCGGCGUGCGUGUGGGUGGGGAGGAGAAGGGCCUGUGCGAAGCAGCGGCAGCAGAGGCACUCUGCGAUGCGGGAAUGGAGAGUCCUCUUGGAGACACGCUCCCUGGCAGCUCCUCCCCUGGUGACGAAGAGCAGGAGGAGGGGCGAACCGAUCCAACAGUGGCCUUUCAGGAGUCUCUGGACAGAUGCGACUCAGGGAAUGCAAGGCGGACAGAACCUGGCCGGGACAGAUCCUUGGAGGAGGACGGUGCAGGAAGUGUCGGAGGUGAAGAUAAGGGAGGGACAGGCUCAGGGCUGAGCCCCCUGGCUGAGGGUGAGAUGAGCUCGCCCGAGCCCUGGGGGCAGGAGGAUGGAGAGGGAGGGGAGCAGGCCUGCCCUGGGGCAGAUGAGGAGAAGCCGGAGAUAGUGGAGGUAGAGGUGCUGGAGGAGUCCUUGGAGUACGAGGUGGAGGAGGACAGCCUUGGAGUGGACGUUGUGGAGGAGGAACGUGUUUCACAGGCUUUGCUGGAUGACCUGGCCAAAAGGAUACAAGUGGAGGAGAUUACACCUGCCUCAGGUCUGGUGUCGAUCCUGAAGAGGAGGGCUUCCCUAGACAGCACCACUACCUGCACCGGACCCACCUCUCCCAAACAGGCUGCCAAGCGCAAGGUCCGAUUCAGAGAGCCAGAUGAGAUGCUGGACCAAGAUGAAGUCGGCGGAGACUCCUGGCUGCUCCUCCUCCUGCUGUGCUUGGCCACUGUGGUCAUCAGUAUUGGAGGGACUGCCCUCUACUGCACCCUGGGUGAUGUGCAGUCCAGCAUUUGCACUGACUUCUCCCACAACAUGGACUUCUACUUCGGGCGGGUGCAGCGGGGGCUGGACGAGCUUGGACACUGGUUUUCCCCGAGAUCGUAGCGGGGCUUCUCGGACCCUGGGCUUUGGGUUUGCAGUUUGAGGAGAGGGCAAGGAUACGGCGAGCGCUGGGGCACAGUUGCUCCAUUUUUUUCCAUGUCUUAACCCAGUUGUCCUCCAAUUCCUUCCCCCUCUCUCCUGUUGGAUGUUCUGCGUGAUACUGGGUAAAACCACAGAGACACAGCGACAUGGAAGAAUCCGCAAAGGCUCUGGUUUGCUCUUGGACCCUGGAUGGCAGCUCAUAAACUGAGAACCCCACACACCAUGGGCAAGUCUGACUGAUUCAGGUGAGAGUCUCUCCAGAUGCUGAUGUUGGAGCCCAGAUGUAACAUUUCGGCGGCCAACAGAUCUCAGCCGACGUCGAGGUCACGGAGCUGCCGGCCUCUGCAGACAAUAUGCUGAAGUUGCCCACUCGCACAAGGGGAAACAGCAACCCCUCCAUUUUUAAGGAGUCACAAGUCAAUGUUUACUGCCAUUAUUACUUAUAGUACACACUAAACAAAACAACAACAAUAAAUAAAUAUCAUGUAUAUUAUCCUUUGGGGGGUCUUUUAAGGAAUUGUCUUACUUUUUUGUGUUCUUGUUUUGAGAAUCUCUUAGAGAAAUGAUGUGUAGCUUUGAAGUAGCAUGGGUCUCCAGAGAUCUUAAGUAUCGUACAAAUGUAUGAAGCAGGGGUGUAUAUGCAGCAUCUUUACACAAUUUAUUGAAUGCACUCAUUAUAGUAAAGAUCAGCUGUGAUUCUAGAGUUUGAACGUAGAAGGUGGUGUAUACGAGGGGCUAAUCUACUUGUACGUUUUAGUUGUAAUUUGUGGCAUUAUUUAGAUCACUAUUUAAAUUACAAUGCAUUACCUCACCUGAUUGGUGGAAUGGCUCAAUAUUAUAAUUUUUAAUGUAAGGUUAUUUUGUCUCUUAGUUUUAAUCUUGUUUUCUCCUUCAGGUCUUGCAUGAUGGAAAAUAUAUUAAUUGUGAAGAAUUUUAGGGUACCCUUGAUCCUCUCUGAAAUGUCAGCUCAAGGAGUUUGACCUCAUUUAAAUUAAGUGCUAGCUAAUUUUUAGGAAUUAUUUUUUAGCAGAAGUCCGUAGGAAAAACAUCAAAACCAGGGGUUUCCCUUGCAUCUCACUGGGGUGAAGGAUAUGUACAGUAACAAAAAAUUUCUUUUGUCUUCUUUUUUGUGUCUACCCUGGCUGGUCCAGGGGCCUGUCUUGCACAUUUGACUGACACAUUGAUUCUGUGUAGAAGUUGAGAGAGGGACAGAAAAAUGCAUAUAGAAAAUUUCCAUUUAAGACUGUUUACAUGUUUUCUUUUUCUUUUCACUACUUGGAUGUGAUGUGGUAUAUGAUUUGACACCUGACUGAGCAAAGUGACUUGCAGCUCUUAUUUGAAACUCAUCCACUUGAAACAUGCCAGUUAAAGAAGUGCUUGUCCGCCUUGUCAACACAUUACAUGAUCAAUUUCUGUUUCUGACUUUUCUAAAACUCUGUACAUCCUGCACCUAUAGGUGAUGUAUCACAUUGUAAGAUGUUCCAAUUAUUUAUUUUAUUUAUAUAUUUAUUUUUGUCUUUUGAAGUUUGGAAGACAGUGAAUUUUAUUUUUUUAAUCCCGUGUUAAAUAACUCUUCUUAUGGAAGACAAGUCGGUGAAUGAAUUUGCUUGUGAGUACAGUAGGGGCUCUUGGCUCUGGUCCUUGCAAGAUGCAAGUUCUGCUGAUCUUCUGCUCAACCUCGGCUCUUAACUACUCGAACGGUUUGAAUCAGUUGAACCUCAGCUGACAUUGCAGGUGUCAGUCAAUUUGAAAAUACUCAGUGAAACACGCAGGAGAUUCUGUCCUCUUAAAGACCAGUGUUGCGCACCCCUUAUAUAGAUUAAAACUCCUGUUUGUAUGCUGUAGUGUAGUGACUUUUAAAUUGCUUUACAAGAACAUGGAUAUUCUGCAAAUAUUUAAGAUGAUGAUAUUUAGCAAACUGACAACACUGUGGCUGGUUUUGGCUCCUUGUGUUACAAAUGAUCAAGAUACGAAUUUUCGAUUUUAUUUUUUAAAAAUAUUUUCACCUAUUUUCACCUGAAUUUUUCUGUGUGUUCGUGUGACCUGCCUUUCUGUGCCCAACAGUAAAACUCACACAAACAGCAUAGGAGUGUUGGGCCCACUUAAUUUCUCUUAUUUUCACAGUGUUUACAGUUCCCGAGUGUUGGUGAUCAGUAACAAGAUCGUUGUACAUAUUUAUGGGGUGAUCAAUUGACAAUCGAAAUUGAAUAGGAGAUACUGAAGAUUAUGUAUUUUUACGUUACGUCAUUUUCAGUUUUAUUUCAUUUUAAUGUA